GGCCAAUGAGAGGAAGAGCAGGACGAGAGUGGCGGGCAAAAUCAAAGGGGUUGGAAGCUCUCGCGAGAGUUGCUGCUCGAGGAGGGAGAUCCAAGCAGAAGACGCAGAGAGAGAGCGCGGCGAGGAGAGCCAUGGCUGAGGCGGGAGGAAAUCCGAUGGAGGACACAGAGGGAAACACCAUGGUCUUCUCUGUUCUGAAAUCGUUCAACAACUUCAUCUCACAGUCGGUGGAGCAAUCGUCUUCUUUGAUUGUCCCACAGUUUCCUCAAGGCUCUCUGCAGACGCAAUACGAGCAAAUGAUGAAACUGGAAGAGCAAGCUGGGCAGAUCCAAUCCGGGACCCGGCUCUUGCAGGUGGAACGGGAGAAAAUGCAGAUGGAGUUGAGCCACAAACGGGCUCGAAUUGAACUUGAGAAGGAGGCUAAUACAAAUGCAAGGAAUUUUCAGCGGGAGUCUGACCAUAACCAAGAGCUCCAGAAACGCAUCAAGCAGUAUCAGGAGAGGGAGGCGGAGAUGGAAAAUAAGCUCCAGGAACAAAUUGAAAUCAACAAAACCUGUAAGAAGAACACAGAGUCCUUGAAUAAGAAGCUGCAGGAUAAGGAGAAUAAAUUGGCUGAAGCCAAUGAGACAAUCACUGUGCUGAAAGGGAAGAUAUCAGAGUUGCAGUGGAACUUACUGGAUCAGGAGAUACAAAUGAAGAGCUGCGAAUCGCAGAAGCAGGAACUGAUGGAACAGCUGGAUGUACUACACAAAAAAUGGCAAGAAGCCAGUCAGCAAAUUCAGGCUCUACAAGCAAAGGAAGAGCAGGUGAUUGAGAUGGGACAAAAAGUUCAGGAUCUGGAACAGAAGCUCUCAUUGCAAGAACAAGAUGCUAUAAUUGUGAAGAACAUGAAGACAGAGCUCGCACAGUUUCCCAAAAUGGAGCGGGAGCUUCAGCAGCUUCGAGAGGAGAAUGCUUACCUUAGAGAAAUGAAAGAAAACAAUGGGUUGCUUAAAGAGGAAGUGGAGGGUCUCCAGAGGAAACUGGAACGCUAUGAGAAGGUUCAGGCCGAAAUGGUGGCUCUGGAGUUGGAGAAGGAGAAACUUCAGAGAAGGCUGAAAACUUGGGAGAAACUGGACCAGAGUACUGGUUUGGAUAUCAAGAGCCCCGAUGAUCUUUCCAGCCACAUGGUUGCCCUUCAGCAGCGGGAGCUUGUACUGAAAGAGCAAAACUCUGCCAUCUCCAGCAGUGCCAGGCUUUUGGAGAAAGCGCGGAAGCAGCUCCAGGAGGAAUUACUGAAGGUUCAGAACCAGUUUCUGGAGGAGAAGAAAAAGCGUGAGCAGCAUGAAGCCAUGGUCAAGUGCUUGCAGAGACGUGAGCAUCUCCUCAUCAUGGCACGCGAUGGAAUGAGAGCAAUCCUGGAGUCCUACGACAACGAACUGAACCCAUCGGAGCUCUCUCCCCAGCUGACUUUCCGGGUCCGAGAGGCUGAGGAAAUGGUGCAAAGAGUAGAAGCGCACUGUGCUGAAAUAGAGGCCCAGUGGUCCAAGACUUUGGAGGAAGCAGGAAACCAGAAGAAAAGAGCAGACAUGUUGGAGGUAGAGCUUCAGAUGCUGAGGAGCCAGGCGUCCACCAUGGACUCGAGUGCCUUCGUUGCCAAAGAAGAGGUGAAUGCGCUGAGAUUAAAGAUUGAGGAACUGGAAACGGAAAGAAGACGAUUAGAAGAGGAGAACAGGUCUCUGGAGAUGAAGCUGGAACAGAUAACCUUACAGGGUUAUCAUGAUCCCACGAAAACCAAAGUGCUCCACUUCGGCAUGAACCCAGCCAGCCUGGCCAAGCAACAGCGUCUUGAGGAACAUCAACGGCUGAAGGAAGAGAACGAACGCUUGAGACAACUGGUCCUACGAGAAGGAGGCUCUGUCCCUGAAAGAGUCGAGGGAGCUGUCACUCUCCAGUCGAGCCAAGAAAUUGCAGAACUCAAGAAGCAAGUGGAGAGUGCUGAACUGAAAAACCAGCGCUUAAAAGAAGUCUUUUCGACCAAGAUCCAGGAGUUCCGCAAGGUUUGCUACAAGCUGACUGGUUAUCAGAUUGACAUGACGACGGAGAACCAGUACCGGCUGACCUCGCUCUAUGCGGAGCACCAAGAGGACUGCUUGAUCUUUAAGGCCUCCAGGUCCUCCGGAGCAAAGAUGCAGCUUUUGGAAACCGAAUUUUCCCGCACGGUCCGCGAGUUGAUUGAACUCCACUUGCUGCAGCAGGACAGCAUCCCGGCGUUCCUAAGCGCCGUCACUCUCGACCUCUUCAGCCGCCAGACCAUCGCCUAACUGUGACCAGAACUGAAAUAGUAACAUUUGAUAUCUUAUAGAGUCUAAGGACAAAUGCAAGAAAGAGAUUGUAGGGUGGAGGUACACCAUUGAUGUCCUUCUAGAUGUUGAACAGAAUCUCCCUACCUUCCUUGCCAUUGACUAUAUUGACUAAGAAUGUUGAGAGUUGCAGGCUGAUGAGAAUUUGUUGGAUCUUGCUCAUUUCUGGGGCCCUUUCACACUAUGCAUUCAUUGGCCAACUGCUUUGGAAACGUCCUGUGGAAUCCUGGAGAGCUGUAGUGCCUCACCGAACUGCAAAUUCCAGGAUUCUAGAGGAUGGAACCAUGGCAGAGUGGUGCAAAAGGAGCCUUGGAAUUGGACAUCUGAUAACCCUGGCAGAGAUAGAAGGGAGACCCAACAUGUCCAACAUCUUCCAACAUCUUCUUGUUGGAAUAUGUGAGACAAACCCUAUUAAGAUGUGGCCUGCUUACAUAGCUUUUGAGUUUAGGUAGAUUAAUGAUAUAGUAUAUAGAUGUUUCAUAUGAGAAAUGCGAGAAAGAGAUUGUAGGGUGGAGGUACACCAUUGGUGGCCUUCCAGAUGUUGAACAGAAUCUCCCUACCUUCCUUGUUAUUGACUAUGUCAACUAGGAAUGAUGAGAGUUGCAGGCUGAUGAGAAUUUGGAGUGUUGGAUCUUGCUCAUUUCUGGGGCCCUUUCACACUAUGCAUUCAUUGGCCAACUGCUUUGGAAACGUCCUAUGGAAUCCUGGAGAGCUGUAGUGCCUCACCGAACUGCAAAUUCCAGGAUUCUAGAGAAUGGAACCAUGGCAGAGUGGUGCAAAAGGAGCCUUGGAAUUGGACAUCUGAUAACCCUCGUAGAGAUAGAAGGGGAACCCAACAUGUCCAACAUCUUCUUGUUGGAAUAUGUGAGACAAACCCUAUUAAGUUAUGGCCUGCUUACAUAGCUUUUGAGAUUAGGUAUAUUAAGGAUAUAGUAUAUAGAUGUGGCAGAGUGGUGCAAAAGGAGCCUUGGAAUUGGACAUCUGAUAAUCCUGGUAGAGAUAGAAGGGGGACCCAACAUGUCCCAACAUCUUCCAGCAUCUUCUUGUUGGAAUAUGUGAGACAAACCCUAUUAAGAUGUGGCCUGCUUACAUAGCUUUUGAGAUUAGGUAUAUUAAGGAUAUAGUAUAUAGAUGUGGCCGAGUGGUGCAAAAGGAGCCUUGGAAUUGGACAUCUGAUAAUCCUGGUAGAGAUAGAAAGGAGACCCAACAUGUCCAACAUCUUCCAACAUCUUCUUGUUGGAAUAUGUAAGACAAACCCAAUUGAGAUGUGGCCUGCUUACAUAGCUUUUGAGUUUAGGUAGAUUAAGGCUAUAGUAUAUAGAUGUUUCAUAUGAGAAAUGCGAGUGUUAGAUCUUGCUCAUUUCUGGGGCCCUUUCACACUAUGCAUUCAUUGGCCAACUGCUUUGGAAACGUCCUAUGGAAUCCUGGAGAGCUGUAUUGCCUCACCGAACUGCAAAUUCCAGGAUUCUAGAUGAUGGAACCAUCUGAUAAUCCUGGUAGAGAUAGAAGGGGGACCCAACAUGUCCAACAUCUUCUUGUUGGAAUAUGUGAGACAAACCCUAUUAAGAUGUGGCCUGCUUACAUAGCUUUUGAGUUUAGGUAUAUUAAGGAUAUAGUAUAUAGAUGUGGCAGAGUGGUGCAAAAGGAGCCUUGGAAUUGGACAUCUGAUAAUCCUGGUAGAGAUAGAAGGGAGACCCAACAUGUCCAACAUCUUCUUGUUGGAAUAUGUGAGACAAACCUUCUUGAGAUGUGGCCUGCUUACAUAGCUUUUGAGUUUAGCUAGAUUAAUGAUACAGUAUAUAGAUGUUUCAUAUGGUCAUCCAGGCCUACUUAUAUUCAGAUCUGUCUGGCCUCUUUUACUUUCCUACCUUGUUGCUGUUUGACUGUUUCCUCCUCGCUUGCUAAUGACUUCUCGGAUGCUACUUCAGAUCCACACUGUUAUUUCUAGUCUGUGUUUCUCUUUGGUGUACUUGCUUCAUGGGAAGAGGACUCUUGGAUUUUGGCUUCUACCUGGAUGCGAUGAAAGUUCUCACCUUUUGUUACUUGUUUGUCUUUCCAUUUUGAAGGGGUUGGGCUGGGAUUUGUUGCUCCCAGAACCAUGUACCUUGUCAAGAUGAUUUGAGAAGACUUUACCAAUAAAACGUCACUUGUGCA